AAUAAAAGAACACUGCAUCUCCAUCGGUGGGUUGGGGGUGGGGGGUGUGGGGGGGAACGACACAUAGAUAUCGAAUGAGAUUUGCUUCCAAACGCGCACCGAUGGCGGUGUGAGGUGUUUGGUUGAGAAGUACGCACGGAGCGGUGGAUUUGUGGAGGGUUUUCUGGAGCAUCUUUUCUCUGUCUGGACUUUGGUUUGGAGGAAAUAAUCAAAACUAUGGAUUACUCGGUCUGUCUACUUUUACUGCUGUCAACCAUGUCGACUGUGUCGACCGGACAGUUCCCAACAGCGCAGAUGAUAAAGGAAUGGGUGGACCAGAUGCAAAAAGAGUUGGUCACAUUAAUAGACACAGCCACUGGCAUCCAGAGCCUAAUAAAGAUAUAUGAAACACACAAAGAUCACUAUAGCGUGGGGUACAACAAUGCAACAGAACUAGUGGCAACGGCUGCUGGGAACAUAGAGAGACUGCUAGAUAACCGCUCCCAAGCCCUCAAGAGGCUGGCAUCAGAAGCAGAAAGGUUUCAGAUGGAGCACAUGUGGACGGACGAUAGUGAGGCCGACAAAAUUGUUUACUACAAUGCCAAAGAAAAUAGCACUCAGACAGAGAUGAAGAACCGAUAUGUUCCAGAUGAUUUCCACACAGACGCUGACUUCAAACGACUUGUCUCCUACAACACCACUGCUGUCCAUAUCCCUACGGAUAUAUAUGAAGGCUCCACCAUCAUUUUGAACGAGCUAAAUUGGACAGAGGCCUUGGAGGAUGUUUUCCGGAAAAACAAGGAUGAAGAUCCUUCACUCCUCUGGCAAGUGUUUGGUUCUGCCACUGGAUUGGCUCGGUACUACCCAGCAUCCCCUUGGAUUGACUUGAGCAAUUCAGCCAAUAAGAUCGACCUCUAUGAUGUGCGCAGGCGACCAUGGUACAUUCAGGGGGCAGCAUCACCCAAGGACAUGCUGAUCCUGGUAGAUGCGAGUGGCAGUGUUUCAGGUCUCACCCUCAAACUCAUCCGAACGUCCGUUAGCAAGAUGCUGGAGACCCUCUCUGAUGACGACUUUGUGAACGUGGUAUCUUUCAACGAAGACGCCUCCUAUGCAGCGUGCUUUCACAACCUGGUGCAGGCCAACGUUCGCAACAAGAGGAUUCUAAAAGAUGCUGUGCAGAACAUCACUGCUAAGGGUAUAACCAACUACAAAAGUGGCUUAGAGCUGGCUUUCAAGCAGCUUGCACAGGUGAAUGUGUCGAGGGCUAACUGUAACAAGAUUAUCAUGCUUUUCACUGACGGAGGAGAGGAGAAGGCAGAGGAGAUCUUUGAAAAGUACAACCCAAAGCAAGCGGUUCGCAUCUUUACAUUUUCAGUAGGUCAACACAACUACGACAAAGGGCCAAUACAAUGGAUGGCCUGCGCUAAUAAAGGCUAUUACUAUGAGAUCCCAUCUAUAGGUGCCAUUAGGUUGAACACUCAGGAGUACCUGGAUGUUUUGGGCAGGCCUAUGGUUAAGGCUGACAAAAAAGCCAAGCAGGUUCAGUGGACCAAUGUCUACCUGGACGCUCUGGAGCUUGGCCUGGUGAUCACUGGAACUCUACCUGUCUUCAACAAGACCAACACAGGCUCAAAAAAAGCUCAGAACCAGCUCAUCCUGGGGGUUAUGGGUAUUGAUGUCUCCCUGGAAGACAUCAAGAGACUCACCCCUCGGUUUACUUUUGGACCAAAUGGUUACUACUUUGCCAUUGACCCCAACGGAUAUGUGCUGCUCCACCCUAACCUUCAGCCACUGACUGCCAAGUUUCAUGAACCUGUAACGCUGGACUUCCUCGAUGCAGAGAUAGAGAAUGAGCUCAAAGUGAAGUUACGUAGAGAAAUGAUUGAUGCGCUAACAGGGAGUUAUACAAUGUCUACAUUGGUGAAAUCCCAAGAUGAGCGCUACAUUGACCAGGGUCUGAGAACAUAUACCUUUGCACCAGUAAAGGGGACAGAUUACAGCCUGGCCCUCGUCCUUCCAGAGUACAGUAGACGUUAUAUCCGGGCCACAAUUGGUGACACAAUCACCCAGGCAAAAUCGUUUUUGGGGGAAAAUGUUUCUGAAAGCCUGCUGGCGGACAAGUUUGAUGAAUAUGGGUAUACAUUUAUUGCUCCGAGGAUGUACUGUAAGGACUUAAAGCUUCCUGACAAGAACAAAAAUAACACAGAGUUCCUCAUGGAGUUCAACAGUUACAUUGACAGAAAGACACCAAACGACCCCAUGUGUAACGUGGAGCUGGUGAACCGAUUGCUCCUGGAUGCCGGCAUCACUUCAGAUCUGAUCAAAGUUUGGAAAGAAAACAAGUUACAGGAAGGUGUCUUGGCCAGAUUUGUUGCCACUGAAGGAGGGAUCACACGGGUCUACCCCAAAAGUGCUGGGAUGUACUGGACAGAAGAAGCAGAGACGUAUGAAUCAAGUUUUUAUAAACGAAGUUUGGACAAUGGUCUGUACAUCUUCACUCCAACACCCUACCUCGCUAAGGAGAACGCAAGUGACGAUUCAGUCCUGGUGAGCAGAGCAGUUGACCUCAAUGUUAAUGGUGUCAUACUUAAACCAGCUGUGGUUGGUGUGAAGUUGGACAUCAGUGCCUGGAUGGCGAGCUUCAUCAACACCACACAGAGGCCGAAUUGCAAUGAUGAAAUCUGUGGCUGUCAGAGAAACGAUGAGUACAUAGACUGUGUCAUUCUGGAUGAUGGGGGCUUCAUGGUGAUGUCCAAUCAAGAUAAAUAUAUUGAUAAGAUUGGAACUUUCUUCGGUGUUAUCGACCCCGUCCUCAUGAGAAAGCUGCAGGACUCCCUGUUCACCUUUAAGAAGACCUAUGAUUACCAGUCACUCUGUGAUCCCAAGAAAGAGAGCAAGGCGGCUGCAGGCCUGCGAUCUGUCUACGUGCCCACCAUUGCAGAUAUUUUGAAUUUAGGAUGGUGGGUGACAGCUGCGGCCUGGUCAAUGCUGCAACAGUUACUGGUCAGCAUCACCUUUCCCAGUUUCCUGGAUGCAGCUGAUAUGGAUGAUGAAGUGCCAGAUGCCAUGCUUAAAGAAGUCUGCAUCACGGAGCAAACUCAGUUCUACUUUAUGAACAACAACCUGUCUGUCAAAGGCUCUGUCGACUGUGAAAACUGCUCCAGGCUCUUCCAUGCUGAAAAGCUGCCCAAGACAAACCUGGUCUUUAUCAUUGCUGAUGCAAAACUCACCUGCUCGUCCUGUGACGCCAAGGAGUUGAAACAGGAAGAGGAGCCGUCUGAUGGUCCUGAUCCCUGUGAAAUGGCUCAGAGUCCUCGAUACAGGAAAGGGCCUGGAACCUGUUUUGAUAACAAUGAACAUGAGGAGGACCCUGACUGUGGUGGGACGUCCAGUUUGAGGCCUUCAGUUUGGCUAAUGGUGGCCCUCCAGCUGGUGUUGCUCUGGGUACUGACUGGCUGCAGACACCAGGCCAUCCCAUCAUGACCCUUAUAUUACUUUGAUCACACCCUCUGAUUCACUCCCUCUAUAUGUCCAACAUGGCAACCAACAUACAACGUUGCCACCAAAAUGAUGAGCACCUGAUGAAAAGUGCUUGUAACCAAGAAACAAAAACCCGUGAGCCCCACAUUCUGCCAGGCCCUUCAUGUGAUUCCUUGAUUUUCAGGGGUUUCUCAACAUGAUGUCAUCAGAUGCAAGGGCAAAAGUGACAAAAAACUCGCCUAUUAGAAGAUAUCAGUUUGAACACAAAGAAAGACCUUGACCUACAGCUCCUUCAUCCCUUCAUUUGUCCCCACUAACUGAAAUUAGAGGAAUCCAGAGAUUAAUUUUGAUUGGCGACUUGAAAACGUUCUCUCACUUGAUGCUAGAUUGGACAGCUUUAUAGUAUCAGAGGGAUUGAAAUCAUGAUUGGGGGCUAGCAUUUUAUUGAUGAGCAGUUUUACUCACCGUUGCCAGAAACAGCACUUUUCUUUACAAGCAUAAAAUAUAUUUUGAAUCUAUUUGCAGUGGCUAGUUACUAGUUAUUUAUUGUUUUACAAAUGAGAAUUUCACUAAGAUUACAGUAAGCGAUGCCAAAUUGUUAUAUCACAAGCUUUUGCCCUACAUUUGCCUUAGUUAGGUUGCUGAUAAUAGUGUUGUCUCAGUCUGAUGUUUAGAUAGCUCCACCCAGAACAUCUCCUCUGAGGGCAUCACCUUCACUUUCUUCUCAGUGUUCUUUCAUGUAGAUAUUGUAUUUGCAGUGUGGAAAUCAUGUUCACUGUUAUGUUUAUGCACAAAAAACAACCUUCAACUGCCACAGAGCACCUGCUUUUAUGGAUUUUAACUUUGUACUUGAUCAUACAUCAACCCAGAUUAGAUGUGGUACAGUAGAUGUAUCUGGAUUUCCUGCCUUGGUGUUGGAUGCUCCAGUGAAAACUUUGUUACCAUAAUGCGCAUGAACCAAUCAGGACAAGCCUGGCUGGUGUCCUUUUGUGUUCAUUAGACUAAAUCUCUAGUGCCAUGUGGACUGUGUGACUUGGACAAACCCUUUAGCUUUGUAGACUGUGGCUACUGGAAGGAAAGAAGUGUACUAUUUAUUUAUUUUAAUAUUUAUUGGCUAUCUGAGGUUUCAGGGCAGCCUGCUACCAGUAGUUUUAGUGCCACGACUAAAGAAAAUAAAUGAACGGGAUAUGAGAAUUUAUACUUGACAUUUUGGUCAGCAAAAAAAAAACAAAAACAAAAAAAAAACAGUAUAUUUGUAUUCACUGCUGCCACUUUUCAAAUUAAAUGACUACUAUCUCCUCUGCAAUUCAAAGUGCAGCUGAUGUUUACAGUUUGAUCUUCUGAAUUAAGAAGAGCAUCUGUUUCUGUGUAGUGGUAAAACUCCCUCUUACUUUGUGUGUGUGUGUGUGUGUGUGUGUGUGUGUGUGUGCCAUGAUACUGUAUCACCAAGUGGAAUUCACUUUAGAAAAGCCAUUAGUUAGUAUUUAUGAUCCUCUCAAUUACUGUGUUCCAUUUUCUCCAAUAUAAGUUCAUCUUUUUUCAUGUUGUUGUUUUUUGCAUUAGUUAAAACCAAACCUAAGCAAGAAAAUUUGCAGAUGAUUUUACUUUAGAUGAUUUUUGUGAAAAAGUGUCAUCAGGCAGAACAGUUAAUUAGUUAUUUAUUUUUUAAAAUUGCACUUUUUCGCCCAAAUCACUGCUGCAUAGCAAAAUAAAUCUGCCAAAUAACAAAUUUCACAGGACUAAAACUGGACUGCUAAAGCAACUAACUGCCGUGGUAUUACAAAUUAUAUCAGCAAGUGAAAAAGCAAUUUUAUUAAUUUUACAGUGAACUUAUAACUACAUCCUGAAGAUGCAAUAUGUGAUAAAUAACAUGCUGUGUUUUUGUGGAUAAUUUAUGCUUUUAAGGAUUAGAAUAAGUUAAUGCAGUUCGGCAGGAAACAAUUAAUCAGGCAGAAAACUUUAAACUGACAAUCACGGAACUGAAGGUUUCACACGUCUGCCAAAACAGAAACCCUUACAUUACAACUGUUUAGUGAAAUCAGAUGAUUGAAGGUUUUAUUGCCUAAUCACAUGCUCCAAAUCAUCAAAUAUCUUUUCAGUUCACUGUUAAACAUAAAAACUCAACCAUUCAAAA